CCAACGUCGGGGCUGGGUGUACUGGGUUGUUCGUUCUCCCUCCCACAUAGCUCCAUGUGCCUGGCAGUUGAUGACGCGCACAGGUGCAUAGGGAAAAAGUUUUGUGAUAAGCUCGCUUGUGAAACUGUUGGCUGGUGCGGCACCACUGGGCAAGAGAAGCGAAGCGCUAUCCAGCUGACUCUAAUGUUGAACGGGCGAGAAAUGAACAGGUAGAGAACGCUGGAAUACCAAGCAAGGGAGGCACGUAUAUGCACCACUCAGAGACAUGUUUCCAGGCGGUAAAUCGCGGGAGAGCCAGUAGCAGGAGAGUCGGAUACACCUUGACGCCACGUGGAGACAGAAGAAGCCCACGUUCUUCAAGUUGACCGCUGCCUCGCAUCGAUAUCUAGAAACAAGCCGGAGGAAGCAACAUGGACGUGCACCAUGCCAUCUACUGCCUGGCGGUUGUGGUGCUGUCAUUAAUCACUACUUCCAGCGGUAAUCGUGGAAGUGACACGCUCUCCUACGAAGACCAGCUUGUGAAGCAGAUCCUGCACAAGUAUCGUGUACGUGGAAAAUACAGUCGUCCAGUUCGGCAUUUCAACGACACCCUGAAGCUUUGGUUUGGUAUACAACUGACGCAGAUCAUGGACUUGAACGAACAAGAUCAGAUACUGACGCUGAACGUGUGGGACGUAUAUUGGUGGAAAGAUGAACAGGCAACGUGGAACGUGACCGAAUAUGGAGGCGUCGACAAGGUGCGCAUUCCCUGGAACAAAGUCUGGUUGCCGGAUAUAAAGCUUUAUAACUACGCUGACUAUCGCCUGCAAGAACAGCGGACGGUGCUGUGUGUGUUCCACAACGAUGGCCGAGUCCUGUGGAUGCCCCAGGCGGUGUACCGCAGCUCCUGUUUGAUCGACGUUACAACCUUUCCAUUUGAUGUUCAAUCGUGUGAUUUGAAAUUUGGUUCCUGGACCUAUGACGGUAACAAGCUCGAAGUUCAUUUCAACGAAGAAAAAGACUAUAUAGAUCUUACUGAGUACGUGACAAGCAACGCCUGGACUAUCAUCGAUGUCCCUGCUAAACGCAACGUCAAGUUCUACAGCUGCUGCCCUGAGCCCUAUGUGGACCUGACCUUCACCCUGAUCUUCCAGAGACGAGCCACCCUGUACAACUACAUCCUGAUCCUGCCGUGCGUCCUCCUCACCUCCAUCACCCUCAUCCUCUUCUGGAUUCCCCCGGAAUCACCUGCAAAGAUGAUGCUAGGUUUGACAAUCUUCAUUGCCUUCUUCAUUCUGCUGAAAAUAUUGGAGAAGAACCUGCCGCCUGGUACAUCCAGCAUGCCAUUGAUAGGUACUUAUUACUGUCUCAAUAUGAUCAUCAUCACCUUAUCAUCAUUCCUCAAUGUGCUGGUGGUCAACUGGGCAGCAUAUGGACAGAGAGCAAACAUUCCUCCUCCUAUGAAGGCGAUACUGUUUGACGUAUGCGCCAAGGUGCUGCACAUGGAAGACCUUGUCCGACCAUUCCAGAAGAAAGACAGAGGAGAGGAAGCAGCGGCUACAAGCAGCAACCCUGGUGAGGAAGACACCAAGUGGAGCCAGGACCCUAUGGCCUCAACUGAAGUACUUACACAUCUAAAAUGCACCCAUACUACUGGCCCAAUUGCAUCAAUUGACUCCAAACUAGGAGAACUAAGAGAUUUUAUUCGUGCUCACAAGCAACGUUUGGCGGACAAAGACCGACGCGAAAGUAUGGUGAAAGAAUGGAAGGCGUCAGCUUUGAUCCUCGACAGAAUUAUCUUUGUCGUGUACUUCCUUAUAAUAGUAACCUCCUUGGCUGUCAUCUUGCCAUCUAUUGUCUAUAGUGCUGAUUAUAAGAGCACACGACUUAAACAGGCGUUGAAUGGAGAGGAAUAGAACCCUUAUGAUGAAUCUUAGAGGCUCUUGGUGGAGUUUUCUUCUGGCGGUCACUUUGAAAACCCUUCAUUUCAUGAUAUGAGGGUUACACAAACACAGGGCAGAUACUAGCUGGGCUUCACAAAUAUUGAUAAAGACAGACCUUCCAACUGUUGCUUAUCAGCAGACAGGUGUUUACUUUAACGCACAUCUUUGUUGUUUCUAGCCAAGGUGUUUCAAUGCAGCAUUGUGCUCAGAUGGACAUAACAAACAGCUGAAGAAUAAUUUGUCUUAUUCAAAUCAGCACUUAAUCGUAUGAGUGCAUGGUGUGAAUAUUGGAUGUAUGGUAUGGAGCAUGCAAAGCGCGAUUGUUUGUUCAGACACUGGGAUUGGGAAUGAUGUUGUGUGGUUGGGCUAUGUUUCUCCAAUGUUGGUUGUGUGAGAAGACUGGUGGUUUGUGUGACAGGGCGAUGUUAGUGGGAUUUUGGCUUUAUGGUAUGAGGCAUCCUCAGCGUUAUUAUUGAUUGUAUUUCUGGAGAACUCAACGUGUGCAUGUUGGCUGUGUGACGUGAAUCAGCAGUUUCAGACGUUAAACGAUUAAAGAUGCACUAAAGACAUUCACACCGUGAAUGGGAACUCAGUGCUUGCAUUGAGAGGUUGGUAUGGGCAUUCACACUGUGAAUGGGAACUCAGUGCUUGCAUUGAGAGGUUGGUAUGGGCAUUCACACUGUGAAUGAUGGCUCAGUGGCUAGAGACAUUCAACGGUUGAAUGUGUAGUAAGGACACCCACAGUGUGAAUGAGGGCUAUGUGUCUAUAUUCAGCAGCUGAAUGUCUGGUAGGGAUCUUCGGAAUGUGACUUCGGCUUUGUGAUAGGGGGCAUGAUGACGUGGGGUGCGGCGUCGGUUGUGUAGAACAGGCAUGCAAGGUAUUGUACAUAAAUGAAGAUACGAACUUGACAUAUCAUUAUAUAUUGCUGUUUACUUUACCAAGUACAUAUUCUCACAGCCCAAUGGGUGUGGUUUAGGAACAGCCCCUAUCACUAUUCACUAUGCAUAGAAGUAAAAGGUAUAGUUGUUACAUUGCUACAUUUACUUAAGGUUGAAUGUCCCUCUUUCAUUGCACUGAAAUAUAUAUGCAAAUAUGUUGUAUUUGUACACAAGGUCGCUGUGUUAAUCUUUAUAGAGGUCUGAUUUCUGUGAUUGUAUGGAACUGAAAGAAUAAUGUUACGGUACAUGAUAAUAUUUAUUUAGUGCACAUCUUGUACAGAUUAAUGCAUUGUUACCCGUUACUGACGGGGAAAAAGCAACGACAUUAGUAGUUUUUAUACUGGUCAAAUCCCAACAGCAUGUAGAAGUAUAACUUCAGGAUAAAAUAUAGUCACUUUCAUUUAAAUAUGUAUAAAUAGAACCUUGAAGCUUUUUAAGCGAGUUAACAUUGUUAUAUUCUUGAACAAUGUUGUUAUAAUAUUGCCAUUGAACUAUGUAUGUACAUAUAUGUAAAUACAACCUAUGUGUUUUCUUAGUGGUUACUUGGUAAACCAUUAUGUGAAUGUACUUUUCCCCUAUUUCCUCAAGUCAACGAACGCUUUGACAAUUGCAGAAUCGUCACAUAUGCAUAAUGUCACAAUAUCACAUUGACAUUUCGUAUAAUAGUUCCAGUAGGUUUAUACUUCCUGUUGAUAUGAACAUGUACUUCGAAUCAAGUGAAGAAGAGGGUGUUGGUUGUAUGGAUGAUGUUGUUGUGAUGUCGGCGGGGAAAUAGUAUCGCAUAAACGUUUAGCGGUUACAUGUGUAACAGCAUUGUGGUUACAGGGGAAUGGUUACAGCAUUGUUUUAUCAAGUCAAAGACUGGGUUCCAUUUCCAGUGUGGUGGUGAAGUCCAUUCUUUGGCCCCCCUCUCCCCGUCAUGGCUGAAAUGUUUAUGAAAACGGCGUAAAAUCUUUUACUCGCUUACCCUCAUGGUUUAUUUCCUGACAUAUCCGUUUAACGACAUAUCCAUUUGACGUUUCUAUAUGUGUCUGUUGAUCCCAAAUAGCAGAUUAUUUUGGCUAACACAUAAUGGUAUGAACCUUUUGUACGUCGGAGUUUCUUGAAUGUACAUUUUUACCUAUUUAUUUGUUUUCUUCUGCCAGAGUAUACUAUAUUAUAGGGAUACUAUUUGCAUUCCACUACCAUACAGCUAUAGAACUCAUUAUAGUGCUCUUCCAUUGCUUGCUUACAUUUGUCUCGGACAACACUGUCAGACGAGACCAGCAACGUUUUACACAGUGAUAUGAUAAGCAGGAUUUGACCUUUCAUACGCAGUUGUUAUCAGAUGAUAAUGUGUAUAUUACAAAAUAGUUUCAUU